CUGACACGCUUUGAUUGUUUUUACAUUAGACACAAUUGAGUUGUUCGGUCUUUCGAAACGUAGCGCAGAUAUAGCAGCUUUAUUCGUGUCCUCAGAGUAGAAAUGUUCGUAGUUGUCUGUAAAUGUUUUUUUCUCCUGGUAAUUUGCACAGUGACACUUGCUAAUGCGACAACAGAAAAGAAAAAUGUCCUCUUCAUCGUGGCAGAUGAUUUGCGGACAUCACUCGGUUGCUAUGGAGACACACUGGUUAAAUCACCCAACAUUGACCAGCUGGCAUCCAAAAGUCAAGUUUUUCUCAAUGCAUAUGUUCAGCAAGCUGUGUGCGCUCCCAGCCGCACAUCCCUGUUAACUGGUCGCAGACCAGACACAACCAGACUCUAUGACUUCAACUCCUACUGGAGAGUCCAUUCUGGGAACUACACAACAAUGCCACAGUACUUUAAAUCUGAAGGGUACUUCACCAUGUCAGUGGGGAAGGUGUUUCAUCCAGGAAUUGCCUCUAACCACACUGACGACUACCCCUACAGCUGGAGCAUCCCGGCAUACCAUCCAGCUUCAUUUAGAUUUGAGAAAAAGAAGAUGUGUAAAGGAGAGGACGGUCAACUCCACGCCAACUUGCUGUGCGUGGUGAAUGUGACGGAGCAGCCCGGAAGAACGCUCCCUGACCUGGAGAGCACAGACGAGGCCUUGAGGUUACUGAAGAGUCGCGCCAACGACGACACACCUUUCUUCUUGGCCGUUGGCUUUCAUAAACCGCACAUACCCUUCAGGAUACCGCAGGAGUAUCUGAGUUUAUAUCCCCUGGAGAAAAUGUCUCUGGCUCCUGACCCAGAUGUUCCCAAACUCCUUCCUCCUGUGGCCUACAACCCCUGGAUGGAUGUGAGGAAAAGGGAGGAUGUCCAAAAACUCAACAUCAGCUUCCCCUACGGCCCGAUUCCCAAAGACUUCCAACUGCGUAUUCGUCAGCACUACUACGCUGCUGUGUCUUACAUGGAUGCUCAGGUUGGGAGGCUGCUUAGUGCUCUCGAUGAUCUGAGUCUGUCCGACAGCACUGUAGUUGUGUUCAUCUCCGAUCACGGCUGGUCUCUAGGUGAGCACGGAGAAUGGGCUAAAUACUCAAAUUUUGACGUGACUACGCGUGUCCCGCUCAUCAUGUUCGUUCCUGGUCUCACUGCCAUCCUCAACUGGCCGGGAGAGUCAGCUUUCCCCUUUAUUGAUGUUUUAAGGCAAUCGGAUCACAGCUUCACAAAUGCCAAAGUGAUAAAAAACGUGGUGGAACUGGUGGACGUCUUUGCCACCGUCUCCUACCUCGCUGGUCUCAAAGCACCUGAAUACUGCCCGGAUGUUUCUUUCCAGGUGGAGUUAUGCACAGAAGGAAGUAACCUGGCCUACACAUUUCGACACAGAGAAAAAGGAAAGAACGCAGAGCUCAUAGCUUUUAGUCAGUAUCCUCGGCCCGCUGAUACCCCACAGGUGAACUCUGACCUCCCUGAUCUUAAAGACAUAAGGGUGAUGGGUUACUCCCUACGCAACUGGGAUUACAGGUACACACUCUGGCUGGGCUUCAACCCUGAAACCUUUCAGGUGAACGUAUCAGACGUCCACGCUGGAGAGCUGUACAUGUUAGCAGAUGACCCCGGUGAGGACACCAACGUCUACAGUGCGUCUGACCACGGUGUGAUAAUGAGGAAGAUGACCAGCCUUCCUCAAAAUGUGAGUCUGCGGACGAGGAUGAAGCUGCAGUUCCACUAUCUCACAGCAGGGAUGAAGACGAGUGGCGCGAAGGUGUGAGGACGAGAAUGAAACAACAGAUGGACAGAGGGGGACAAAGGGAAAGUGAAAGGAUGAAAGAGGGGAAAGGCCUAAAUGCUGUUUAUGUGCUCUAAUAUAAUAUAGAUGACUCAGUAUUAUGUGAUAUCCAUAUUUAUUGUAUAAACUUGGUUCUUCAGGCUGAUGUUACUCUGCAGUUGGAUCUGAAUUCAACAAGAACAAAAGUAAAUAAAAUGACGAGUUUGACCAUGA